CAGCUCCGCUCAAAGUUGCAGAGCAUCUCUCUCUCUCUCCCUCUCUCUCCCUCUCUCCCUCUCGCACCAGCAUUACCUUCACACCUUCACUGCACUUCACAGUCUGUGUGAACCUCAUCUGUCUCUGCACGACUACAGGGAAACUGACCGACUGGGUGAAAUAUGUUGUCUUGUACGGAGAUGAUCACCAUGUGCCUGCAGUCUGCCAAACAGAAGCAUCUCCGGGCUCAGCAGCAGCUGCCGCCGCCGCCGAUGCACAGCCAUGGACAAGGGUUGACUCUCUUUCAUGAUAUUUUCCGCCGAGCAGACAAAAACGAUGAUGGCAAGCUGUCAUUUGAAGAGUUCAAUGCCUACUUUGCGGAUGGAAUCCUGACCACGGAGGAGCUGCAGGAGCUUUUCCACUCCAUAGAUGGCCGACAAAAUAACAAUCUGGACACUGGCAAGCUUUCAGAUUAUUUUGCUCAGCACCUGGGGGAGUAUCUGAACGUGCUUUCAGCUCUGGAGAGUCUGAAUGUUGCCAUUUUAAAGGCAAUGGAUAAAACUAAAGAGGAGUACCAGGGUUCCAGUGUGUUGGGCCAGUUCGUCACCAGGUUCAUGCUCAGAGAGACGUCCAGUCAGCUCCACUCUCUGCAGCGGUCACUGCAGUGUGCCAUGGAGGCUGUAGAAGAGCAGAGCAGCCCUGAACAGAGAGAGGUAAAGGCACCCGAGUUGACAGCAGUACAGAGGAACGGCAGACGAUGUGGUCGGAGGAUCCAUAACAAUCUGUGCAUGUCCCCAUCAGAUCCCCGUUCUGGCAUUUUGACCACAAGCGCUGGCGUGGAAGAUGGAGACAAGUGGUGUUCCCAAAUCAACAGGCUGCAGCAACUUCUGGAUAAACUGGAGUGUCAGAGUCCCAAGUUGGAGCCACUGAAGGAGGACACACUGACCAGCACAUACAAGUCUAACAUCCUGCUGGUUCAGAGGCAGAUGUCUGUGACGGAUGACGAUGCGGACAAGUUCCCCAAAGUUCUGAAAAGCUACGUCGAUGCCACUUCAGUCCACUCUGACAACCUGCACGUGUCCGUUCAGAAGCUCCUGGGAAAGUCGUGUUACAUAAUGUAUGAGUUCUGGCAAGACCACAUCUCCUGGAUGAGCUACCUGCAGUCCAACAGCAGUAAAGAUUUCCAGCGCUGUGUCAUUGACAUGUUAGAGGAAGCUGAGGUGGUGUCCACGAUGUUGCUCCCAGCUUCUUGGUGGAUCAUGACCAACAACUAAUGACCAGGAUGUCACAUCCCUACUGCCUACACUGUCACAUGGACAAAGGCACACUGGCACUGCGACUCACCCACCCCCACACAAACACACACACACACACACACAUAUAUCAACACACAUGCACGCAUUCACAGAGUAGAAUUCAAAAGACAUCCACGUUUGUUUGAAACCAACCGGAGACAGAGAGAGAGAGUGGCGUCACCCAGCUUUUUUCUCCCCAGCAGCAUCUGUUAUUAUUCCUCUGUCUUCUGUCACUGCUCAUUACUGUGCCGCUUAUAUCGAGUGACUGAUGCUCUGAAUGCUAGUUGUUUAUUAUUAUCAUUAUUAUUAUUAUUAGUAUGAUUAUUAUGAUUGUUUUAACCCUUUAACACCAAGCGCACUUUGCUUUACUGUAAUUACGUGACAGUUUGCAUCUUUCUUACAAGAGAGGAGAGAAAAUAAGUUUCCAUUUAUUGGCCUGUUUUUGCACAUUGAGACAAAGUCUCAAACAAAUGUUACUUUAAAGAUGUUUUACAUUGUUCAAAUUUCAAAUUUAAACACACAAAAUCUGGUGUUUUCGUGUACAACUACGGUGUUUUUUGUCAAUGCAACUUUUAGUUUAGUGUUAAUACACAAUUUUAACAUGCAGUAAUUUGUAAAUAGUUAUUCUGGAAAAAUGGGCAAAAGCACGUAGUGACAGGACAUUUUCUGGCCCUUUAAUGGUUAAGAUCAGCAAAACAUUUGAGGCUGAGGUGUUAAAGGGUCGAGUUGUUACUUCUCACUUGCGCUUUGUCCAAUUUUUCACUUCCCCUCUUGUUUGUGUCCAAAAAGACACUCGUAUAAGCUGUGAUUGGGGGACCGGCACAAGUACAAAGCAUUCCUUAGAAUAAAAGCUGUAUAUAAAAUGUAAAAUACUGUAUUGAUUGUUUUUCCUUACCCUCAUGUGCACAUGAAUGCCAAAAAAAAGAGCUGUUAUUAUAAAAGCAACAACAAUGCUCUGCGGCGUCUCUCUACAGCAUCGCUAGACACAGUGUAGUGGUCAUUUAUUCAGUCACCUCUCCUCAUUCUUCAGCAUGAGACGAAUUCGUCUUUGUCUCAGAUGUAACAGUAUCUCUUAAUUAAAGCGAGGGCGGGGAUAUAUAAAUGUAUCACUACCGUUAUAAAGCUAUUAUGUCAUGUAUUCGUUUUGAUCACAGUAGAUCAAACCUUCUGUCUGUACGUAGUUGGGACUCGGAUGUAUUUAUAUGAUGUUGUGUUUUGGUAAUGAGCAACUGUAAACCAGACAGAAGAGCAACUAUUAAACGUCAAUAAAGCUACGGAUGGUUAGUUUUGACAAGUGAAA